GAGAAAGAUGAGCCUGCCGAAAAAACCGUGGGAAACGGUGUCGGCGCCGCCGCGUUCCUCCGUCGUCCCAAGCACAUCCACGAGGUCAACUGCUACCAUGCCGUCAAGUGUAGGAGGAUCCCAAGGCAGCACAAUCUCGACAUCCGCGACGACGAGUUCGCUGUAUCCACACGACACCACUGGCGCGUUGAUGGCCCAAGGCGGUACAACUCCAUCCACGUACGGCGCACCUGGAACCUACGGAAGUCGAUAUGGUAUGGGUGUAUCCCCAUACGGCGGAGGAUAUGGAAGUGCCUAUGGCGGUGGAUACGGCGGGUACGGCGGGGGUAUGUACAGUGGCGGCUAUGGCGGCUAUGGCGGUGGGAUGUACGGCGGCGGCAUGUAUGGCGGCGGUGGUGGGCCCAUGAUGAUGGAUCCUAAUGGACACAUGGGCUGGCUCGUCAGUUUCAACCAAACUGUGAGCGCGAUCGGUCAAAUCACACAGGUCCUGGGGAUGAACGCUGAAUCGCUCAACUUUUGUUUUGGCAGUUUUGUUCACUUCAUGGAGCGCAUGGCGUUCCUCACGACGAAUGCCGUCGCGAUGUUGUCGCCCAAACCAGUGUUUCCCCCGGGCCACCCUCGCUAUGGGGAACCCCCCGAGACUGAAGAUGAGAUCAAGAGCAGGCUGAGGCGCGUGCGCGUCGUCAAGUUCUUAUUCAGCCUCGUGGCCAUCUACGCCGCGUCGCGCGUCGCUCGCUUCAUGCGCAGUCUAUGGCGGCGGCCACAGCUCCCUCCGCCGACCUUAUCGUAUGACCGUGUGUUUGGCUCUAUUGCGUCCAGUACACACACCACAAAUGCCAUCUCAUCGGCCACAGGGACAGCAGAAGCAGCUGCGUUGAAGGCGUAGACCAUGGUAUUCAAACUCGUAUGAGUCUGGAAGCUCAUGCAUCAUCUGUGUUGAGUAGUUCGUGAUGGAGAGAUCGACAGUGUGAGGCAUUCGUAAGGGACGGCGCCAUUCGUCCAGCCAUCCAAGGGCUAGCGCCCGAGAGAGUAGGGAUAGGUCCAUAGAGACGAUUUUACAAUACAAUAGUUUACAUUGAGAAGCUCGACGACAUCAACAGGGCUCGCCAGACGAGGGGUGCACGAUGCGGCAGCGAAACGAUGCCCCUACGAGGCCAACAUGUCGACGUGGCACUGGUGGUUCCAUCGCCACUCAAAGUGGGUCGUGACCAUGUGAAAAUGGACGAGGGCGGCGGCCACGACGCAGACGUGCCAGAUUUGAUGGGACCCAAACAGUGUGUCGAAUCGGCCGGGGUAUAAGCGCUCGGGGACGCGACUCAUGUAGAUCAUGGCGCCGCCAAUGUAAAACAAGCCUUCCCACAGCAUCGGAGCCAGAAUCACCUGCACUUGCUCGUGGAAAAAGCCGUCAAUGAACGCCAUGUGGACGACGGGCACCGCGCCAAAGAGGCCGAACGAGAUGAACGUGCAAGUGCGGAGAACGAGGAACUUCUCCUUGGCAAAGAACGGCAUCAUGGCCAUUGCAAACGUCAUCGAAGCGAGGACCAUGGUCGUGCCGAGGUAAAACCAACGAAGGCCGGCGUCACAGUAGAACCCGUAGUACUGGACGGGAAAGAACGAGCCAGAGAUCAAGAUCGAGAUGCCAGCGUAGUCCAGGCGCGACAGCACGGCGUACACGGGAUGGCUCACGACGUAGAGCAAGUGGAAGAUCGCCGAGCAGGUCAGGCAAAUGAUGGCACUCCCGACGAAGAUGGACACGGGCCAAACCGGCACUUUGUGGUCCAGAUCGAAGCGGAGGACAUUAAGGACGUCGGUGAUCGCUUGGACGCCGUGGCGGAUGUUGUCUUGGUGAUGGGACUGCUGAAGAGCCGUCAGCCGCGCGCGAACGUUGUUCUGGAGGGAUUCCAAGUGGCUGAACACGUGACGAUUCAACCACGCGUGGUCUGCCAGCGCCAGGAGCCGAUCUUGGAGUUGUACGAGGUCUUGCUUGAGCAAAUGGAAUUCACCAUUGAUGGAGUCAGCCGAGUCUUGGACGAGGUCGGACAGUGUUGUGUUGAAGAGAACACUCGCGAUUUCAAGGAACUGUCGCGGCGGGCCAUGCAACGACAACGUUUGGACGAGCGCACGUUCGGAAGAAUCCAUGAUGGAAUGCGCCACGAAGAGUCGAAGGGUGUGGUGUCCAUGGGACAGGUAUGGCAAGUUGGCAAGGUGGACGUGGUGCGGCGAUUCGACUUCGUGAUGGGGAUGCACGGCUUUGUCGAACUGUGUGUACAACAGUACCAGGAGCGAUACAAAGAUGAGCGACCCGAUCAUGUGCGUCCACACAUUCAGUGUCUCGUUGUGCAUUUCAAACAGGGACACUACGCAUUCCUUGACGGAAUAAUGGAGACGAUACCCGUGGUGGAUGAACGUGUUGUCGCCGAGGUAGGCAAACCCUUCGUGCUCGAGGCGAUGGAACGCCUCCAGCCUCUUCGUCCUUGUUGAUUUUUCCCGCAUCAAUGGCGGCGUCGGUGGAUGCGCCUUCUUCGCCGCGGCAGACAUUCUCGACGAGCGCGGUAGAUGUGGGAGUGACAGCACCUUCG